ACAAUUUCCUUACUCAUUCACAUCAGCACAGUGCGGAAGAUAUUACAAAUGGCUGGAUUGAAAACUCUUAUUUUCUUUGCCUUGGGCGUGGCGCUAUUAGGGGUUGCGUCAUGCGGCGCCGACCAAUCAGAAACGGCCAUCACCGGAGACGAUCCAAUAGGAUCGCCUGAUUCAAAUAUCGACAAACGUCAGAUAGAGACGCCGGAGGUUGUUCUGCAAUUGAAAUAUAAUGGCGGGGAACUGAAUAGGAUAUAUUUGGCGCAGUUUAGAAAGGGCGCGAAGCAGUGGGUCCCUUCAGUGCCCGCGCGGACGAAUUUGUGUGCGGACCUCUGUCACGCCGGUCUUGGAGGCGAGGGUUGCGGAGCUACCUGCAAGGACCUGGUGCCCGUGGGUCUCAAAUCAGCUCUAUCAUCAGCCAAUGAAACCCAUUCGGCUUACGGACAACCGCGGUACGCAGUGUGCCCUACGCUCUGUCAAAACAAAUUGGGUGACCCCUUAUGCCACUGUGCUGCCUUAAUGGGGGGCGCGGAAAACAAUGGAACUAUUGACUGGAGCGCCAUCUGUAGUGCAUUUUGCAUUUCUGACCUAUAUGUGCUCGGUGGAUGUCCAGUUUGCGACCAAGUUUCCGCUUCGCCCCGACAGGCUCUGACCAGGACGUUGGAUACAGCGGAAGGGUGGGCAGCUUGGUGUGACGUGCAAUGUCGACAGGGCCAAGGCGGGGCGGCGUGUAACUGCGAUCGCGCACCUUUCCAGUAACAGGGGUCAAUCGAUCUGGUUUCAUUUCUAAAGACUACAACUACCUAUUGUUUUUAUUACUAACAUAUCAUAACGGCUAAAUUACUUAAACUCACAGCUUUCAUUUUUUUAUUUACAUUUUUUAUUAGAAAUAAUAACGUCUUGAGCCCUCAGGGGGUAAAUAGAUCCAACAUUGUUGAACUGAAAGGCCACGUUCAGAUUAUUUUUAUUGGUGUAAAUAAAUCUAUUUUGUGACUACAUAUUUCGGUUAGAUAUGUAGUGUGAAUAGUCUGGCUAAAUUACUGGAACCAACAUCUGUUGUUUUUAUUGGUACAAUAUAUUUUUUUAUAUAAUUAAAAAAUAAGCAUCCAUUGACUGUGUCAGUAAAAUUGGGGUGAAACGGUCGGGCUAAAUUGCUAUUGCGUGUAUUUAUUUAUUCAUACAGUUUAAAAAAAAUAUGAUUUGAUUAUCGUUUAAGAAAUAUUUGUUCUAACCGCUGGAAACAAAGACGAUUGUUGUACUUUUAUCGAUUUUUCAAAAGAAAUACUGUCUGUUAUAAUUCUAAUUUAAUUGCUUUAUGUUAAAAAAUAUCUUAAUUUACCGCGAUUUUAAAUGAUUUUAUUAGUAAACUUUUUCAAUAAAAGUAAAAUAUAUGAAAGUUUUAAUAAAAUAUUGUUAAUAAUACACAAUGUUAACAUUAUGUUUAUUACUUUCACUUGAUAAAAAAUAUUCUUGAAUAAAUAUUUCGUUACCAAACCAACAUAGGCAUUUCAGAAUUUGAAAUACUAUCUACUAUUUUUUAAAUUAAUAAAUCCAAAUUGUAAAAAAUACAUUUGUACGUUAUUAAUUUUAUUUUAUCCCGGCAUAUUCUUUUGAAUAUUAUUUACUUUAUUUAAGUAUUUUUUAUCAAGUUGUAAGUAAGUUAUCUAGAUUAAGCAGACGUUUAUUUUUAUUAAGUAAAAAUUGCAAUUUAAGUGUAAUAAAACUAGGUAAAGUAUGUAUAUGGCUUAAAAUAUUUUGUAUUAAAUUAAGUAAUAAGUAAUCAUGUUUAUUCCAUAAAAUAAGUGUAUAAAUUGUAAUUUCAAAAGAUACUGUGUGAAUGACAAUAUAAUCGUUAUAUUUAUAAAUAUC